CUCUUGAUUGGUUGUUUCUGUGAUGGACUGAAGAGGCAGAGAAGAGGGAGGCCGGGCGAAACCAUUCUUCCUCUCCGACUGGAAAAUAUGUAAAGACUAAUUCGGGCUACAAGACAUCUGAAUUUGGAUUUUACAGAGGAUUAUGGUCGUGUUGCUGAAUUAGAUUGUAAGAUUACACAUCUGGCUAAUUUGUGACUGGAUUAGCCUCUGAGCGACGCGGUCAUUGGCGUUUAAUCCUCCUGAACAUCCCUGUGCACCAACAUCACAACAAGCAGGAGGAUGCAGGGAUGAUAUUUGUGACGCUGCGAUGGAUACCUACGAAGAUAUGCAAGAAAUCACGAGUAAUAGGUUUGAUUCCAAGUUUGUAAGCUGUUUGAACAUCGUUUAUAAAUAAAGAAGCCAUGGUUUUCCUACGGAGGCUGCUGCAGUUGUCGGUGCUGCUGAUCCAGUGCGGAUGGUGGGGGGUCGCAUCGAGCCCCACCGAUGAGGGAGCACUCCGGGCCGGCCAGGGGGAGCACGGAGAACCGGGCCACCAAGAGCCUCACAAGGACUCCUAUAGCACCUUCGCGUCCGAGUUCUUGGAGUCCAGAUAUCUGUCCGAUGACGGUUAUCCGUUCCCCACCGCCCCACCAGUUGACCCCUUUGCCAAGAUAAAAGUGAUCGACUGUGGAGUCACCAAAGGCUGCAUUAGAUAUGGGAAGCCAGGCUGCGAUGCGGAGACAUGUGACUACUUCCUGAGCUAUCGUCGUAUUGGGACAGACGUGGAGUAUGAGAUGAGUGCAGACACAGAUGGAUGGGUGGCUGUAGGGUUCUCCUCCGACAAAAAGAUGGGUGGAGAUGAUGUCAUGGGCUGUGUCCAUGACGAUAAUGGACGUGUGCGCAUUCAUCACUUCUACAAUGUGGGCCAGUGGGCCAAAGAGAUAAAGAGGAACCCUGCGAGAGAUGAAGAGGGCAUCUUUGAGAACAAUCGGGUGACCUGCCGCUUCAAGCGACCGUUAUAUGUACCCAGAGAGGAAACACUUGUGGACUUACACCUGUCGUGGUAUUACCUGUUUGCAUGGGGACCUGCCAUCCAAGGUUCCAUCACAAGGCAUGACAUCGACAGUCCGCCUGUCAGUGACCACAUGAUCAGUAUCUAUAAAUAUGAAGACAUCUUCAUGCCCUCUACAGCCUACCAGACCUUCAACUCUCCCCUCUGCUUACUGCUCAUUGUAGCCCUCACCUUCUAUCUACUAAUGGGAACUCCAUAAUGAAGCACAACAGAGAGCGAGACCGAAAAAAGAGGAAGAGGAAGCAGCAAUAAACAAAGUUGCCAUUUUUGUCUGAUGCCACAUUCAAGUGCAUAGAGACACUGUAAUAGAUAUAUAAAAAACAGUAGAGAGUAUAUAUUUAUUACUCAGAAUCCAUGCUGAGGAUCUAGACAAAGUAUUAAACCUGUUCUGUAGAGGAUUCAUGUACUGCUGUCGAUACAAACACAUGGUCUGAUAUAAGAGUAGUAUUAUAGUUAAAGCAGACUCAUUAUUUUCAGUAUUCACAAUAGCUUCCAAAUAAUAAAAAGUACGAGGACUACACAUGCCAAUAACUAAACCUCACAAGACUUUACAAAACUGCAUGCACUGGGAGAUCUGGGAAUGAGUUCAAAGGCUCCUUGUAACUGGAGAAGAGGAGACGGAGCCUCAUGUUGAACUUGGCUAAAACAUAAUGGAUUUCUGUAGGGGAAAGAAAAAUAGCAGCUCUCAGCUGUUUGCAAUGACUCUUCCUGUCUGUUUACCCUUUAUGUUUACCUUUCAAAAACAGCAGAACAAAGAUGGUCUACUUUCUUGUUUUAACCAUAACAGUAUGUAGUUUCCAGGGUUUGAAUGACUAACUUAAGUAUGCAUCUACCAUGUAAAAUAUUUUAAGAUUUUUUCCUAAUGUUUAUAGCACUGAUAAACUCUUGGUUCAUCACAAUUUCCACUUUUAUUUUAUUUUUUCUCAAUCACAGUGGUUGUUACUGUGACACUGCAACUGUGUUUCGCAGAUAGAGAGAGAGAGACUGCAACAUGAGUCAUUAUUGCUGAUAUAAGCAAUAACACUGAACAGGAGUGAACUGUGGAGAGAAGAAGUGUUGUCUUGGACUUGGAUGAAUAUUUUCCCCCUGGUAGUCGCUGUAGCCUUUUGAACUGUACAGAUUAUGGAUGGAUUUGUUAAAAUGCCUCUCACUGAAAAAAUGUGCCAUGGUUGAGUUUAUCAACAGUAAGCCAUUGGAUUAAUAAAAAUUCAGUACAAACAAAUAAAAAUACAGAUGAUGCCGUGCAUGAACAGA